ACACACUUUGUUUACAUGUGUUUGUAAUUAUUAUCUUUGGUGCGAGUGUCCGUAGUUAGAAUGAAUGAGUUAUUUCUGUAAUUUACGAUAUCUGUCAAAAAGCUGCAGUAGCUGAUGGAUGUAUUGUAGGUCAGUUGCCACAGUUUUACUUGCCUUCAGAUGUAUGCUAUUUGUGUGGAGUUUGUGUUUACUUAACCUAUGCGAGUGAUACCGGGGUCCCGAACUUUUCUGAAUGUCUAUGUUCGCGUUGGGAGUUUCAUGUUCCAAAUGAAUUCAUCCUUCUGUACGGAAAAAAUAAGUGUUCUUCGCACGAGUAGCAGAACAUUUUUGCAGUUUCAGACUUGUAUUAUGAUCACCCUCACACGAAAGCUGAAGAAAGAAACUGAUGCUCCUCCUAACACGCCGACCGAUGCAAAUAAACGCGUUUCUGUGAGGGACAAGCUUCUGGUGAAAGAGGUUCAAGAAAUGGAGCAAACUUUGCCUGUCACUUGCAAGGUCCAUUUUGACAAUCCAGAUAUUCUGUAUGAUUUUACUUUAACGGUAAUGCCAGAUGAAGGAUACUGGAUGGGUGGUCGUUUCGUGUUCCACAUUCAUGUUACUGAAGAGUAUAACAUGGCUCCUCCAUCAGUAAAAUGUCUAACAAAGCUAUGGCAUCCAAAUAUCAGCGAGGAUGGUGAUAUCUGUCUUAGUUUAUUAAGACAAAAUUCUAUAGAUGGGAUGGGCUGGGCACCAACACGAAAACUGAAGGAUGUGAUUUGGGGAUUAAAUUCUCUCUUUACGGAUCUUCUGAAUUUUGAUGAUCCACUCAACAUAGAGGCAGCAGAGCUUUACACUAGGGACAAGGAUGCAUUUCGAAGCAAAGUUCGUGAAUAUGUAAAUAAAUUUGCAAAGAGAUGACUAUGUCACGUCAUGUUAUGUUAAGUGCAGCAUUUAUUUUUGUUGAAAGCAAAGUUUUGCUGUUCUGACAUAUCUAACUCCUUCUGAAGUAUUAAGGAAUUUAAAAAAAAAAAAAGGAAAAAAAAACAAA